AUGUUUGCUCGAAUAGUUGUUUGGUUGUUUUGUAUUGACCAACUCGCCGCCUUGAAGGAAUUUAAGAGAGCUUUUCAAGCUGGUGAUGUCAUGCUUGGAGGACUCACAGUGUUACAUCACAAGGAUUCUAACGACAAAUGCGGUGUAGACAUCUUUCCCGUUGGUUUCGGUCACGCUGAAGCAAUGAUCUUCACGAUCGAACAAAUCAACAAUGACCCUUCGUUGCUUCCGAAUGUUACUCUCGGCUUCGACAUCCGUGACUACUGCGAAACUGUGUCUAUUGCUGUUAAAGAAACAUACGAGUUUGUGCGAGAUGCAGAUUGGUAUCAUAUGUAUACGAACAGAAAUUUCAGCAUGGAAAACGAAACAACUUCUUGCUACAGCAAAGAUGAUGUUGCACCUGUUUCUACAAUAAUUGGACCGGACGACUCAGCCAGCGCUGUUCAGAUUUCGAAUCUUCUCAGCAUAGCCAAAAUCCCGAUAAUAAGCUUUGCUGCGACGAGUGACGAGCUUAGUUCCGAUCAAUAUCCAUACUUCUUAAGAACAGUUCCGCCUGACAGGCAACAAGCGAAAGUACAGGCAGAUCUGUUUGAAUAUUUCAAAUGGACAUAUAUUGGUACGGUAGCUCUGGAUGAUUCUUACGGGCGGUUUGGCGUCUCUGCGUUACAGAAAGAGGCGUAUAAUCGAGGAACCUUUUGCUUGGCCUUUUCAGAGUUUAUUCCGCGUCUUCGUGCUGCCACUGAUCUUAGACAGAUUGUGUCACGUAUUAAACAGCAGAGCAAUGUCAAAGUCAUUGUGGUGUGGGUCUUUGGAGGAUAUGCGAAGCUGUUCUUUAAGGAAGUUCACAGGCAAAAGCUUGGGAAACGGACCUGGAUUCUCGGUGAUGGAACGAGUACAGAGGAUAGUGGACUGCUUGGACCGUAUUUUCGUCUACUGGAUGGUUCUCUUGGCGUUCAGCCACGUGAUCGCAAAGAUAAAACUUUCCUGAACUACUUGUACUCUAUAACGCCGAAUAAAACUCGUUUAGGAAGGAAUCCGUGGUGGGAAGAAUUCUGGAAAAAAUUCCGGAAUUGCACCUCUGACGCAGACAGCGCAGCCGACCCACAGUGCACUAAUGUACCUUUGUCACCAAAUGAAGUUUCCAUACUGUUCGACCCUUACCUUGGCUACCUUAUAGACGCCGUCUUUGCCGUGGCAUUCCCAUUAGAAAAGCAAUUUAGUUGUCGCACUUUAAACCGCGAACUUUCGGGGGAAGCAUGCUCUGAUGGAAAGCCAUUGACAACUGACGGAAAGGAUCUGUUGUCCCACUUGAAAAAUGUCAGUUUUAAAGGACUCACUGGCGUCGUAGAAUUUGACCGCGAAGGUGAUCCCAAGAAUUCUUUCUUUGAAAUUGUGAACGUCCAAAUAAAUAGCAAUGGAGAUUCAAAGAAGGCCUUGGUAGGAUCCUGGAAUAGUAAUAAGAAGCCAAGGUUGGCGCUGAACGACUCCGCGAUCAAAUGGGCAAACGCUACUUUUACUACAAAGGUACUGUCCUCAUUCUGCAGUCAAGUGUGUCCCCCCGGAACUAGGCAAGAGGUAACCACUUCAUGUUGUUGGAAGUGCGUUACAUGUCCGGGGGGCACAGUCAGCAAGUCGCCUGGAUCUACCGACUGCACGGAGUGCCCGCAUAAACAAAAGCCGAACGAUGAUAGAACCAAAUGCGAAGAUCUGCCAGUGAAAAACCUUCACUUCAGAGAUGCAGCUGGUGUAUUCCUUUCUUGCACAACAGCAUUAGGAUUUUGCAUGACCGUGGCUAUGUUACUUGUGUUUGUAAAAUACCGCGAGACACCAAUUGUGAAAGCCUCGAAUAAACAGCUCAGUUUUCUCCUUCUUGCUACAAUCUUCUCCAGUUUUACUCUGGCGCUGUUGAGCAUUACAAAGCCAACUGAUUCUAUAUGUCGCUUGAUUCAGUUUUCUCGGUACGCAAUCUACACCACUUUUGUAUCCAUAUUGUGGCUGAAGUCAGUUCGCAUUUUCGUCCUUUUCCAAGUCGACAGUUCAGAAUUGCCCUUCCAAAGUUAUAUUUCAAGGGUGAAAUACCAAGUCGGUUUGGUUGCUCUAGUGAACAUUGUUGACAUCGUGCUGUUAACCGCGUGGUUCGCUUCGGAUCCGCCAUUCAGAAAGGAGAAGAUACAACCGACCCAAUUCAUCUUCUACACGUGUAAACUGUACGGGUCGUCGGUCGGAAAAGCGUUAUAUUUCAUGGUCUUUUCGUAUGUGUUGUUGCUGUCAUUGCUUUCGUCUUAUUAUGCAUUCAAAGUUCGCAAAGUGCCAGAUAACUUCAACGAGGCGCGCUUCAUCGGCUUCUCGCUUUACAUAAUUUUGUUGUCUGCACUGUGUUAUUACUCGGUGGAUUUCUCAGUGCAGGAUGCUUGGUAUGUUUCUGUUAUAGCCUGCAGCACGACACUAGUUGAUUCGUUUGGCCUGCUUGGUUGCAUGUUUAUUCCUAAAGCUUUCAUUAUCUUGUUCCGUCCUGAAAAAAAUAAGAAAGAGCUCAUAGGGGCUCAGAUCACUGCGUACGUUCGUAAGAACACGCAGUCAGCCAAUGUGAAUACGCGUGAUAGCAGAUCAGAGAUCAACCAUAUCUGCCAUAGCAGCUCAAGUAUCGAUGUUGGGUCGAAGAACUAGACACAAGAUGAACGUAACAAGAUUGAUAGCUCCAUUAAGGAAACUCUAAUCUAAAUUCUCAGAACUAAUUUAUGUGUAAACUCCUCUUUACAUUUCCUAAACCGCAUACAGGAAAUAUUGACGAGAGCAGCUUAGUUUAUCAUCUGAUAAAUGAUGCUUUGAUGAAAUACCAAAAUUUUCAACCUUUUUCGUAAGAACAUAGUUAAACAUAGUUGAUAUCGUUUAAGUGGGCUACUUAAGUGCAUGCCGGUUUAUUCCUAAAGCUUUUGAUAUCCUGUUCCAUUCAGACAGAACUGAGAAAGAGCUGAAAAGGGUGCAUAUCAGCGCAUACGUUUGGUGUAACAUACGUGCAAACAUGCGGUGAUAGUUUUCAUCCAAGCUGACACUCUAAAGGAAUCAGCUUUGUAAUAGAGAAUUGCAACAGUAACCACUUUUAACAGCGCUAGUCUAACAACUUCAGUUAUUUCAAUUUCAGUUAUUUUUGGUUAUAUAUUUUUUUGUGCCUCUUAACAUCAUUGUGUGAUUUGGAUAUAGAGGUCAACAUUGAAAUAAAUAGCUCUUGCUGUUUUCGUUACGUUUGAUGUUCUUGUCGUUGUUAUUAUCCUUUUUUUUUUAUACGUUUGUUUCAAUUUUUGUUUGUUUCAUAUUUGAAAGGGCGGGGCAUGUGACACACGUCGAGUCACAUGAACUUACGAUCCGCAUCUUUUUGAUUCCACUGACCAUCGAUCAGACAGAGAUGAACCACAUUUCUGCCAGUUUAGUUCUUCCUAACGCGGCCGAGUUUUCCACCAUUCAGAGCUUUCCAGAUCGAUGUCGUCAGUGCAAAUACAUAUCUGGGCCAUUCACGUACAUAAACUUCUAGUAAAACAGAAUAGGAUAGUAUUCAAUAAAAUGGAAAAGUUAGAUUUACAUUCUCUAUAAUCCCCAAUUAUUAAUCCCCAAGCCAAGAAAAAGGAGAUGAAAUAUAACUUUAAGAAUGAAUUCUCGCCAUUGCUCCAAAGAUAAUGCAAAUCGUUUUAAAGAUUCCUACGUUAAGAAGAGAAAGUGUGUUAUCAUGAAUUGGAAUAGAAAGGGUUGACUGAAUUUUUUUCUUCUUCCGGCAAAGAGGUAGAAAAUAAGUUGCUCGUCGAUUUUGGCCUUCAAAACUAAUUUUGUAAUUCUCGAUAACCGCACGAGGAAGACGAUGAAGAAUAUUUUGUGGACGUCUCGUCGGAAGAAGAUGAGGACAAAAUCUCGACCGAGGAGGUUUUAUCAGCCAGAAAAGAGCCACAACCACGCCGUUUAGAAGUAGCAAUGCCCCCAAAGAUUUAA